AUGAGCUCUCUUGCGCAAAGCAUGAAGCUAUGCAUCCGACGGGUUCCCACACUGCCAUCAAGGCGACCUCGAAGCUUUAAUCCGAAUCUAUCCGCCAUCCGAACAUUUCCCUUGCGCAAUCUCAGCAGCCAUGUUGCUCAGUCGCAUGUACCGCCUUUUCGUGUUGCAAUCAUCGGUUCUGGCCCGGCAGGCUUCUAUGCAGCUAGAAGGUUAUUGACUCUGGUUGACGAUGUCAUCAUUGAUACGUACGAGCAGCUGCCAGUUCCUUUCGGUUUGGUCCGCUUUGGAGUAGCACCCGAUCAUCCAGAAGUCAAGAAUUGCCAAGACACAUUCACCGGAGUCGCAGAAUCACCGCGCUUCAAUUUCGUCGGAAACGUGCAUGUUGGACCACAAAUUCCUAUCCAGUAUCUAGUACCACAUUAUAAUGCCUUUAUCUUUGCAUAUGGAGCAUCAAAGGAUCGCGAACUUGGUCUCAAGGGAGAAAGAGAUGGGAAGCACAUAUACUCUGCUCGUGCCUUUGUAGGCUGGUAUAAUGGUCUUCCAGAAUAUCACGACCACGACCCCGACCUCACAGUUGGAGAAGAUGCUGUAAUUAUCGGACAGGGAAAUGUGGCACUGGAUGUCGCAAGGACAUUGUUGACAGACAUCGAUAUUUUGAGAAAGACAGAUAUCACCGAAUAUGCCUUGGAAAGACUGUCGAAAAGCAGAAUCAAGAAUAUCCACAUAGUCGGUCGAAGAGGCCCAGUCCAGGGCGCAUUCACCAUUAAGGAGAUACGUGAAAUGCUACAAUUACCGAAUGUCUCAUUCAAACCAAUUCCGGACUCCCUCUUCCCCCCUAACAUCUCCGCCCUUCCACGCCCUCAGAAGCGCCUCCUUGAGCUCCUCAAAAAGGGCUCCGCCACACCUCCCAGCGCCGCCAAGUCCUGGUCCCUCGACUUCCUCCUCUCGCCCCACUCUCUCCACUUCGCGCCCUCUGAUCCUCAACAACUUAGCGCCAUCGAAUUCACGCGCACCCAACUCGCCAAUCCCACCUCCCCCACAUCACCCCUCCUCCCACCAUCCCCCAACCCAGCGCACCACACAAUUCCUACAACAACCCUCUUCCGUUCCAUUGGUUAUAAAUCGGAACCUCUCCCCACGCUAGCCUCCGCCGGAAUUCCCUUCGACUCGCAAAAAGGGAUCUUCCCUAACGAUGGCCUCGGCCGCAUAGUCUCCUCACCUCAGCAUGCACACAAGCCCCAGGAAAUGGAUCACGAAUACGGUAUUCCGAUCCCAGGCCUCUACUGCGCUGGGUGGGUGAAACGUGGGCCUACGGGUGUCAUCGCUUCGACGAUGGCAGAUGCGUUUGGGACUGCUGAGGCGGUUGUUAAGGAUUGGAAGGAUCGACAAAUUACCAAGAAGGAGAUUAUGGAUAAGAGAUUCAUCGGGAGUGCUGAGUCGAGGGGUUGGGAUGGUGUGAGGGAUGCGGCGGAGGAAGCGGGAAUAGAGUUGAGGAGGGUGAGCUGGGAGGAUUGGAAGAAGAUUGAUCGGGUGGAGAGAGAGAGGGGAAAGGAGAGGGGUGGGAGGCCAAGGGAGAAGAUCGCGAGUGUAGAGGAGAUGUUGCGGAUUUUAGACUGA